AUGCGUAAUGCUAAUACACCCGACAUAAUUCAGCCAAUCAAAAAUCGCCCAAACCCAUUAGCAAAACCCACUGUUGUGCUCGCAGCUUCUAUAGUGAGCAAGAAUGGUAAAGUGCUUGUUUCUAGGCAGUUUGUGGACAUGUCUCGGAUAAGAAUUGAGGGGCUUCUUGCUGCUUUUCCCAAGCUGAUAGGCUCUGGAAAGCAGCAUACUUAUGUUGAGACUGAGAAUGUGCGUUAUGUUUACCAGCCAAUAGAGGCUAUGUACUUGCUGCUUGUGACGAGUAAACAGAGCAACAUUCUUGAAGAUUUGGACACACUAAGACUGCUCUCUAAACUGGUACCUGAGUAUACCAUGUCUCUUGAUGAAGAGGGUAUUUGUCAGACAGCUUUUGAGCUGAUCUUUGCAUUUGAUGAGGUCAUCUCUAUUGGGCACAAGGAAAAUGUUACUGUUGCACAGGUUAAGCAGUACUGUGAGAUGGAGAGUCAUGAAGAGAAAUUGCACAAGCUGGUAUUGCAGAAUAAAAUUGAUGAGACCAAGCGUCGUAUGAAGGAAGAAGCCAGUAAGAUUGACCAGAUGAAGAUUGAAAAGAAUAGAGGUGGUAAAGGAGGAUUCAUGUCUUCAAUGGGCUCUGGAAGAAUUGAGGGUGGCUUUAGUGAUAUGAGCAUUUCCAGUGGCGGGGGAGGUGGUUUUGGAAGUGGCUCUGGUUUUGGAUUGACCAGUGAUAUUGACUCAUUUGCCAUCAAGCCUAAAGGUCGUCAACCUUCAUCUGCCACUGCUCCUCCUAAAGGCCUUGGCAUGAAGCUCGGCAAAACCCAAAGGGCAAACCAGUUUUUGGAAUCCUUGAAAGCAGAAGGUGAAAUUAUUGUUGAAGAUGUGCAGCCAUCAAAGUUGAACAAACACACAUCAACCGCUCAACAACCAACUGAUCCUGUCACUUUGACUGCCGAGGAGAAACUAAAUGUCACUCUAAAACGGGAUGGUGGAAUGAGUAACUUUGAUGUUCAAGGGCAAUUAUCACUUCAAAUUCUUAACCAAGAAGAUGGGCUCAUCCAAGUUCAGAUUGAAGCUGGGGGUAAUCCAGGUGUCAUUUUCAAGACACAUCCUAACAUGAACAAAGAGUUAUUUGCUAAUGAAAACAUUUUGGGUCUGAGGGAUCCCAACAGACCUUUCCCCACUGGUCAAACUGGGGAUGCAGGUGUUGGUCUUUUGAAGUGGAGAAUGCAAAGUGCUGAUGAGUCAAUGGUGCCCUUGACAAUCAAUUGCUGGCCAUCUGUUUCUGGAAACGAAACAUAUGUCAGUAUCGAGUAUGAAGCUUCAUCAAUGUUUGAUCUGCGAAAUGUUGUGAUCUCGGUUCCUCUCCCUGCCCUUCGAGAGGCACCAAGUGUUAGGCAGAUUGAUGGAGAAUGGAAGUACGAUGCAAGAAAUUCCAUCCUAGAAUGGUCCAUUCUUCUCAUUGAUAACUCUAACCUCAGUGGAUCAAUGGAGUUUGUUGUGCCACCAGCAGAUUCAUCAGCAUUCUUCCCCAUUUCUGUCCAAUUUUCAGCCACCAGCACAUACAGUGAUCUGAAGUCACCGCUGGUUGUUGCAGUUGUUAUUCUUGUUUCCCACCACUGUGUAGUGGGUUGUCAAUAUCCUGCCCCUGAAGGGUGGACCUCCUCCCAAGUUUUCCCAGAGGACCCAAUUGAUCACAGAGAAUUACCAAGUAGUCUGAAUGAUAGAUACUUCACUUGUAUGAACCGAUAUUCCUUCACUUUAUAUGUCUCUGAAGAUGGCAACCAGAUAGGUUGUGCUUGCGGCUUCUAUACUGAGCAAGAAUGGAAAAGUGCCAGGGGUGAGACUUUUGAGUUACCACAUUAUUGUGGUGUGCUUGUAUCGAGGCAGUUUGUGGAUAUGUCUCGGAUAAGGAUUGAGGGUCUUCUUUCGGCUUUUCCAAAGUUGGUAGGGACUGGAAAACAGCAUACGUUUAUUGAGACGGAGAAUGUGCGUUAUGUUUACCAGCCGAUAGAGGCUUUGUAUUUGCUACUUGUGACGAAUAAACAGAGCAAUAUUCUUGAAGACUUGGAGACUCUAAGGCUGCUGUCUAAGCUUGUACCUGAAUAUUCCCUGUCUCUUGAUGAAGAGGGUAUUUGCCAGACAGCUUUUGAGCUGAUCUUUGCUUUUGAUGAGGUUAUCUCCCUUGGGCACAAGGAAUAUGUUACAGUUUUCCAGGUUAAGCAGUAUUGUGAGAUGGAGAGUCAGGAAGAGGAAAUGCACAGAAAGAUGAUGGAGAGAAAGAUGGAUGAUGCCAAGCGAACUAUGAUGGACAAAGUUACGGAAAUUGAGAAAAACAAGAUUGGAAAGAAUGUGGGUGAUAAAGGAGGAUUUAUGCCCUUACAGUCAAUGGGAUCUGGAAGAAUUGAAAAUAGCUUUAGUGAUAUGAGCAUUUCCAGUGGUGGAGGUGGUUUUGGAGGUGGCUCUGGCUUUGGAUUGUCCACAGAUGUUGAUUCAUUUUCCAGCAAGUCUAAAGGUCGUCAACCUUCUUCUGCCGUUGCUCCUCCUAAAGGUCUUGGUAUGAAGCUUGGUAAAAACCAAAGCACAAACCAGUUUUUGGAAUCUCUGAAAGCUGAAGGUGAAAUGAUUGUGGAAGAAGUGCAACCCAAGGCAGGCCAAUUGAGAUCAGCUGCCCUGCCACCUUCUGAUCCCAUCACCUUGAUUGUUGAGGAGAAAAUCAAUGUCACUCUAAGACGUGACGGUGGAUUGAGUAACUUCGAUGUUCAAGGGCAACUGUCACUUCAAAUUCUUAGUGAAGAAGAUGGGCUAAUCCAAGUUCAGAUUGAAACUGGGGGGAAUCCAGGUGUCAUUUUCAAGGCACACCCUAACAUGAACAGAGAAUUAUUUGCCAAAGAAAGUAUUUUGGGCUUGAGGGAUCCUAACAGACCAUUCCCCACUGGUCAAACUGGGGAUGCAGGUGUUGGUCUUUUAAAGUGGAGAAUGCAAAGUUCUGAUGAGUCAAUGGUGCCGUUGACAAUCAAUUGCUGGCCAUCUGUCUCUGGAAAUGAAACUUUUGUCAGCAUUGAAUAUGAAGCUUCAUCCAUGUUUGAUCUACGAAAUGUUGUGAUCUUGGUCCCCCUCCCAGCCCUCCGAGAGGCACCAAGUGUUAGGCAGAUUGAUGGUGAAUGGAGGUAUGACUCAAGAAAUUCCACCCUGGAAUGGUCCAUUCUUCUCAUUGAUAACUCUAACCGCAGUGGAUCAAUGGAGUUUGUUGUGCCACCAGCAGAUUCUUCAGUAUUCUUUCCCAUUUCUGUUCGGUUUUCAGCUACCAGUACAUACAGCGAUGUAAAGGUUCUUAAUAUCUUGCCCCUGAAAGGUGGACCUCCUCCCAAGUUUUCUCAGAGGACUCAAUUAAUCGCAGACAAUUACCAAGUAGUCUGA